AUUCGCCUUCAGUUACAGUAACAGACAUGACAGACUUUAAUGUUGUCGAAGGUAAUUCAUAUUGCGCUGAGUGUGAAGUAGAUUCCAAUCCAGAUUCUGUUGUUACCUGGUUAUAUCCAGAUGGAACACAGACAGAAGGAUAUGAACUAGAAAUAGCAAAUACAAACAGAAACGAUGCUGGUACAUACACAUGUACAGCUGGGACAACGUUUUGGGAUGGAUCACUUGCAAUAGAUAGAGGGACUAUGGAUCUAAAUGUUGAGUAUGCAGGCAUUGUGGCACUCGUGGGUUCAGAAGAAGAGGUUGACGAAUCAGAGAGUGUCAGCUUCAGAUGUACAGUGAAUGGUGGAAAUCCUGAUCCUUUUAAAAUGCAAAUUACUCUAGAUGACGAAGUUGUCGCGCAAGGAGAUGACGUGCUAGGUAUAACCCACUUGGAAUAUACGAUUUCGGAAUCCACUGUUGAGGACACAGGUAGUUAUAUCUGCAUCGCAACCCAACGGUUUUGGAAUGACGCCGAGAAUGACGUUACCAGCAAUGUUCAUCACCUGACAGUAAAUGUUCCUGCGUCAACUGGAUUGAUUAUUUUAGUUGUUAUCCUGGCAGUGGUUGUUAUCAUAGUGAUUGUUAUAUUUAUAAGGAGGUAUAGGAAAAAGCAAAGAGGCCUAAUUAUUCAUGACAAUGAAGGUGCUUUAAUCGCAAGAUCGAGGGGCACUGCAGAUGGUAUUGAUAUGAGUGAUAUUCCAACAACUAACAUAGAGAACGAUAAUGACAUUAGCCCAUAUGGAG